CUAAAACUAUUUGUGUAAUGAUGUAGGUCUUCUUAUUUAAAGUGACUGCAGAGAAAUUGGAGAGAGGGGGGAAAGCGUCUCUUCAAAAUGUGUAACUGGAUGGUUGUGGUUCUCAGUGUCUUGAUAUGUUUGGAAAUUCAUCAGGCUGAAGUCCAAUUGAAGUGGGCUGUGAAGGACAGAGUGUGGGUGACUCUGGCAGGACAGAAUGUCUCUUUCAAACUCACUUUGAGCACCACAGGGAAUCUGAGCGCUGACUACUUGGUCUGCUAUCGCCCUCCGGACUCGAAGGAGAUACAAAGAUGGAAGACUAAAGCAAACAAUAAGCAUGUAUUUACUUUACAAUUUACUGCACAUGAUAGUUCAUACUCAGGAGAGUACAAAUGCACAUUUGGAAAGGAUGAGAUCUUCUUGGCCCUACUGGUGCAAGUAUCCCUGUUUCUCUGUCUGUUGAUGUAUAGGAGGUACCAAAAACCAUCUGAAAGAGGUUUAAUCAUGUUAGGGGUUCUCACCACAGCGCUCCUCAUCUUCAGUGUUUUCGGAUCCCUCUUCACGUUCAGAUGGAGUCAAUUUACAGUGAAAAAUAAAAACAACAGAGUAAGCACAGGGAAGAGAAGACCGAAACAAGAGGAAGAGACGCAAGUUCAAACACCAAUAAAUGCUAGUGCUUCUGUUUCAGUUUAUGCAAGUCUGGAGUCUCGGCCAGCAUCAGUCUAUGAGGUUAUGGUCCAAGGGGCAGAAAACCGUGACUCGGGCCAGAGGAAAUCACAAGUACAGACAAAGAAGUCAAAGAAAUUGACGGAGAACGCAACACAAGGGGAAGGAAUAUUUGAAUCUGUCUAUGAGAAUUAUUGAAUAUUUUUACCUUGGUACUUGCUCCAGAAAAUAUUAAGAGACCACCAAACCUUUUUCUUUCCUUUCCAAAAAAGUUGAAAAGGAAGGUUUUGAGUGAGGAACCGAAGGGUUAAAAUUAAGAGACCAGUGCAAACUGAACGCUUCUGUUCCUCACUCAAAACUUUCCAUUUCAACUUUUUUGGAAAGGAAAGAAAACAAUGCAGUGGUAUCUUAAUUUCUUUCGGAGCUGUAACUCUUGUGAUACAGUGCCUUGCUAUCUAUAUGUUAAUUCUUAUUCCUCUUGCUGCUGCUGCCCAAACCCUACCUGAUCACAUUUCUGGUAUUUUGUUAAUCUCUUAACAUUCACCUAUUAUUUACAUUAGGUAUUUUUUACCCUAAAUGUUUGAUAGGGAUCCUUUUCAGCCCAUUGUUCAUCCAUUCCUUAAUAUUCAACCCUGUCCCCUCGCGGCAACUCCCAAUCCAUACGUUUUUCUAUAUAUUUAAUGUGCUAUUAAGUUUUAUUCCUUGGUUUCUGCUUUACUAGGGAGUUUAUUUAUUUUUGCCAAAUCAGCAUUGCUUUUCUUUGAGGUUAUGUGUGCAAGGAUAAUAUUUUAUUUACCAAAAUAAUAUGAAGAACCUUUUUUGUUUUCAAAUGUCUACACGUUCUCAUAUUGGAACCAUAUUCAUUGGUUGUGAGAGAAGCAUGAUGCAUUUUUUUGUCCAAUAACAAAGAGUGUGUUUCCAAGGGUAAAUGUGUAAUGAAGUGUGAAAUAAAAAUGUUGUUGCAUUUAUGUAA